GGGGCGGCCCCGCGGCUGCAGCGUCUGCCUGGCCCGUCCCCUCCAACCCAGCCUGGGCUCGAGCUCCAGCGCCGGCGCUUCAGCUCCGAUCGCGCACCCUUCCCCCGCCAAGGACUACCCUCUGAACAGGACCAAGCACCUGAAAUUCUACUACCAAGUUGUCUUUCUGAACAUCCUUAAGAAGAAGAAACAGAUGGCCAAGGAGAGGGGCCUAGUAAGCCCUAGUGAUUUUGCCCAGCUGCAAAAAUACAUGGAUUACUCCACCAAAAAAGUCAGUGAUGUCCUAAAGCUCUUUGAGGAUGGUGAGAUGGCUAAAUAUCUACAAGGAGAUGCUAUCGGUUACGAGGGAUUCAAGGAAUUCCUGAAAAUCUAUCUGGAACUGGAUAAUGUUCCCAGUCACCUAAGCCUGGCACUGUUUCAAUCCUUCCAGACUGGUCAGAGCUUAAAGGAGAUUUCAACAAAAGAUGUGGUGUGUCUCAGUGAUGUCUCAUGCUACUUUUCCCUUCUGGAGGGCGGCCGGGCAGAAGAUAAGCUAGAAUUCACCUUCAAGCUGUACGAUACGGACAGAAAUGGGAUCCUGGACAGUUCAGAAGUGGAAAAAAUCAUCCUACAGAUGAUGCGAGUGGCUGAAUACCUGGAUUGGGAUGUGUCUGAGCUGAGGCCGAUUCUUCAGGAGAUGAUGAAAAAGAUCGACUAUGAUGGCAGUGGCUCCGUCUCCCUUGCUGAGUGGGUCCGAGCUGGGGCCACCACUGUGCCACUGCUAGUGCUGCUGGGUCUGGAGAUGACUCUGAAGGAUAAUGGGCAGCACCUGUGGAGACCCAAGAGGUUCCCCAGACCAGUCUACUGCAACCUGUGCGAGACCAGCAUUGGUCUUGGCAAACAGGGCCUGAGCUGUAACCUCUGUAGGUACACUGUUCACGACCAGUGUGCCAUGAAGGCCCAGCCUUGUGAAGUCAGCACCUAUGCCAAGUCUCGAAAAGACAUUGGUGUCCAAUCACAUGUGUGGGUGCGAGGGAGCUGUGAGUCUGGACGCUGCGACCGCUGUCAGAAAAAGAUCCGGACUUUCCACAGUCUGACCGGGCUGCAUUGUGUAUGGUGCCACCUAGAGAUCCACGAUGACUGCCUGCAAGCUGUGGGCCAUGAGUGUGACUGCGGGCUGCUCCGGGAUCACAUCCUGCCCCCAUCUUCCAUCUAUCCCAGUGUCCUGGUAAGACUGUUGGGCAGCAACUGGGAAGUGCUCUGGAAGUUCCAGUACAUACUAAACCCUCGGCAGGUGUUUGACCUCCUCAAGGAUGGUCCUGAGGUGGGGCUUAAAUUCUUCAGGGAUGUUCCUGAUAGCCGGAUUUUGGUGUGUGGUGGAGAUGGCACAGUAGGCUGGAUUCUAGAGACCAUUGACAAAACCAACUUGCCUGUUGUGCCUCCUGUUGCUGUGUUGCCCUUGGGUACAGGAAAUGAUCUGGCUCGAUGCCUAAGAUGGGGAGGAGGGUAUGAUGGACAGAAUUUGGCAAAGAUCCUCAAGGAUUUGGAAGCAAGCAAAGUGGUAUAUAUGGAUCGAUGGUCUGUAGAGGUGAUACCACAACAAACUGAAGAAAAAAGUGACCCAGUCCCCUUUCACAUCAUCAAUAACUACUUCUCCAUUGGUGUGGAUGCCUCUAUUGCUCACCGAUUCCACAUCAUGCGAGAGAAAUAUCCCGAGAGGUUCAACAGCAGAAUGAAGAACAAGCUAUGGUAUUUUGAAUUUGCCACAUCAGAAUCCAUCUUCUCCACAUGCAAAAAGCUGGAAGAGUCUUUGACAGUUGAGAUCUGUGGGAAACCGCUGGAUCUAAGCAACCUGUCCUUAGAAGGCAUUGCAGUGCUGAACAUCCCUAGCAUGCACGGUGGCUCCAACCUCUGGGGUGAUACCAAGAAACUUCAUGGGGACCUCUCUGGGAUCAACCAGGCCUUAGGUGCCGCAGCUAAAGUCAUCACUGACCCUGAUAUACUGAAAACCUGUGUACCAGACCUAAGUGACAAGCGACUGGAAGUAGUAGGGCUGGAGGGUGCAAUUGAGAUGGGUCAGAUCUAUACCAAGCUCAAGAGUGCUGGACAUCGGCUGGCCAAGUGCUCUGAGAUCACCUUCCACACCACAAAAACCCUCCCCAUGCAAAUUGAUGGAGAACCCUGGAUGCAAACACCCUGUACAAUCAAGAUCACCCACAAGAACCAGAUGCCCAUGCUCAUGGGUCCACCCCCACGUGCCUCCAAUUUCUUUGGCUUCUUGGGCUGAAGGAGACACCCUCAGCCUCCAAGUCAGCCUUGAACCCACCUCCCUGUCCCUGGAGUCUACUCCCUAGGCUCUGUACAUUGCUGCCAGCUCAGGGGAGUGCUCCUUCACCCUCCCAGUAUUUAUUAUCCUGCACCACCUCACCAGUCCCCGUGCACACAUGCAACACACACCUACACACACCCCACAGAUCCAUAGAUUAAAAGUGCCUCAUCUGAAUAAAAUAACUUUGUUUUCCAUUGGGAU